AUGCAGAGCGUGUGUCAUUGUUGUGACUGUAUCCGACACCGCUACGGUCACUUGAGCGCAGAAUACCUUUCCCUGCUGGACCAGAUGGGAGGAGAUAUAACAGAGCAGGAGGCCCCUGUCUUUUUCCCCGAAUCACUUUACAGACGCAUUGAGCUUGCCGAGUUUGAGGGCAAAGUCAGAUUCCGGAAUGAGACCAUCUAUCAAAUCACAAAACUGUUUGAUGGGAAUAUGAAGGCUGUCACCUGGGACAAGAAAAAGCUGGACAAUUUCCUCAACAUUCUCGAAGGCCAAUUUGAGAACCUUAAAUCGUGUGUAUCACCUGCCGAGAAACCUGAGAGGAGACUGAAACGCUACUUCAAGAAGUUGAAUAGGAAGGUUCUGAGAAAAAUGUGA